GGCUGCCUCUGCAGCUGGGAGGGUCUUUGGCUCUUACCCACACUCCCUGCAAGCCCCUCCCUUCCCCCCCAAAGCUGGAGUUUGAAUUUCUCAGCACUGGGAUUUUUGCUGACAUCCAUGUGGGAUCAACACUGAGUUUGGUAGAGAAGGAUCAGUAUCCAAAGAUGAAAAUGAAGGAGGAGAUUCCAGAAGGCCCCACGUCUGCUGGGGCACCAGAAGAUUCUGAAAACAGCCACCAUGUUGUCCAGGCUGGGUCCAAGGGAGAAGGUCUGCAUCAAGUGACCUCACAGGGGAUUAAACUGGAGCCAGAGGAGAGGCAGCUGCAGUGCUGGGAAGCCCAGCUGCAGGAGUUCCUGAAGAAGGUCGAGUCUCCUCCCUCCAGGUCAGAAAACACAGAGCCCCCCUCAGAGGCUGAGAUGUCUCUGGUUCCCUCUGAUGUCUACCAGAGUGGAAAAGGGACAGUGAGGCUCCAGCCAGACUUCAGAGAGGGAGACCCAACUGCCUCUGGGACCCUAAAACCUGGAGAUCAAGGCAGCUGCCAAAAGGUGAAGGUGGAGAUUCUGAGAGAUGAGACCAUCAGCACUGAGGUCCUGCGCCAGCGUUUCCGGAACUUCUGCUACCAGGAGGCCGGGGGGCCGAGAACGGCUUGCAGCCGCCUCCAAGAACUUUGCCACGGGUGGCUGAAGCCGGAAAGGCGCACCAAGGGGCAGAUGCUGGAGCUGGUGAUCCUGGAGCAGUUCCUCAGCAUCCUGCCCUUGGAGAUCCAGAGCUGGGUGAGGGAAGGUCAGCCAGAGACCUGCGGCUAUGCGGUGGCCCUGGCUGAGGAGUUCCUACUCCAGCAUGGAGAGGUUGAGAGAGAGGAGAAACAGGUGUUACAAAUGUUUGAGGAGCUGCCUGUGAAAUUCUACGAAGCAGCACAGACUUCGCUGGACCCUGGACAGAAGCAUCCUUGCGGAGAGAUCAAGCAGGAGAGCAAUGGAGGUGAUAUGCUGGUGAGUGAGCAUGGUAAGGAACCACAGGGGUUCCCCUCUGAAAAACUAAAAACCGAGAAGGAGGAAGAGACCUGUGGCAACCAGGACAGACCAGAAAGGCAGGUGGAGAGCCAAGCACAGAAGAGGACAGUGAUAUCCAUUAAUGAUCCAACUGGUACCCUUUGCAAAAUGACCCUCUCACAAAAAUUACCCAAAAGGACAAUUAGGCAUACUUGUCCUGUUUGCGGAAAAGGCUUUUCUCGGAAAUCGCACCUGAAAACGCAUCAGAUUAUUCACACAGGAGAGAGACCCUUUAAGUGUGCGGCUUGUGGGAAAACCUUUAAUCAGAAAGCAAGCCUUACCGCCCACCAGGUCAUCCACACAGAGCGGAAAUCUUAUAUGUGCACAGACUGUGGGAGGAGUUUCCGACAACACUCAAGCCUUCUUGGGCACCAGAAGUUUCACACGGGCGAGAGGCUGUAUAAAUGUUCAGCUUGCGGGAAGAGCUUCAGUCAAAGGGCCGACGUCAUCAGACACAGGCUGGCAAACGAGCACGGAGAUCAGGAGACCCAGGGGAUGCCUUCCUGUCCUGUCUGCGGAAAAAGCUUCGCGACACAAACAACCCUCAAGAGACACCAGAGGAUCCACACAGGAGAGAAGCCAUACAAGUGCUCAGAUUGCGGGAAAAGCUUCACUCAGAAAUCGAGCCUGCUUACCCACAGAAUGAUCCACACAGAAGAGAAGCCACACAAAUGCUCCGACUGUGGGAAAAGCUUCAAGCAAGCCUCGGUGCUUUUGAUACACCAGAGAUCGCACACGGGAGAGAAGCCAUUUCAGUGCUCCAUCUGCAUGGAGAGCUUCAGCCAGAGAGCACAUGUCAACAGACAUAUUAUUAGAAAACACACGAGAGAGAAACAGAAGGCCUGUGUUUCACAAACCUCUGACAGCUGAAAAGCCACUUUCUUCCAAAUUAAAAAUGGGAGGCGAGCUUCAGUCUUACCUUUGAAAAGGCUUCUUUCUAGAGAAUGUCACUGCAAGGUUGACAGCAGAGAAACCCAGUACUGCUACUCACACAGAGGCAUGAAAGGCAACCUCUUCUGAGGGCAGUUAAUUAUUCUGCAACUCUGUACUGGAAGUGAAUUCUCUCAUUGCAUCUGAGGCGGAGGUGGGGCAAAAUGCCCACCUCUACAGAGACUAAAUGGAAUGAGACAAAAAUGGAUCAGGUCUUCAUGCGGAGGCAUGGUGGGCCAUCCUUCCCUUUGUUUGGGUGCUUUAUUUCUUGCAACACUUUCCAAGAGUGUGCCAUGUUGGGAAUGAUGGCAAUAUACCAUUGUAUGACCUCAGAGGAAACCUUUCCGGUGGGUCCCUCUUUAUUUAGACACCCACAGACAGUGGUGGCCUAAGGGAUUGUGGCACCUGAAGGAAGGUGCCCAAUGUUGCCUUGCCCCACGACCAUGGUGGGGGUCAGCUCUCUUUCAGGAUUGACUCUUGCAAGCGUUGAAAGUGGCACGGGGUGCAGAGGGUUGCCAGCCGCCCCCUGUACUCUCCUUGUGCUUCUUGCAAGCUUUACAUAAGAACAGCCCUGCUGGAUCAGGCCCAAGGCCCAUCUAGUCCAGCAUCUUGUUUUACACAGUGGCCCACCAGAUGCCUCUGGGAAGCCCACAGGCACGAGGUGAGGGCAUGCCCUUUUUCCUGCUGUUCCUCCCCUGCAACUUGAAUAGGGUUUUGUAAACAAGCAGGCUAGACUUUCCUGAGAUUACCUCAGAGAGAGAGAGAGUGUGUGUGUGUGUGUGUGUGUGUGUGUGUGUGUGUGUGUGUGUGUGUGUGUUGUUUGUUUUAAUUAUAAAUUAGGUGAAGUAGCCAAGCCCACAGAAGUCAAUGGGACCUUCUUAUAGAAGUCCAGUUCAGUUCUCCUGCCAGCAUUCUGGCAGUGGAGGAUGGGCAGAAGGAUACUGAGGUAAUUUUGAGGCCUGAGGGAGAUACUCUCUGCUUGACAGUUUAUUGGUGAAGAAAAGAGGGUCAGCGGGGAGGAGAAGAAAAGGCAUGCCACAGUCUUGGGCAGGCUUGCUGAAAAGGAAGCCCUCUUAAACAGAGAGGGACUCGAGCUAAUAAGAACAGCCCUGCAGGAUCAGGCCCAAGGCCUAUCUAGUCCAGCAUCCUGUUUCCCACAGUGGCCCACCAGAUGCCUCUGGGAAGCCCACAGGCAUGAGGUGAGGGCAUGCCCUCUCUCCUGCAGUGUUCCCUCUAACAGGGAU